UUCUGGCUUCCGGAAGUGGUCGGUAAAGAAAAGGUUAAAGAGCACUAGGGAUACCUCAGCUAUUGACAAUUGUUUGUGAUUCUGCAGGGAUGGAGGUGACAAGGAAAAAUUUUAAAGACAGCUUACGCACUGUAUACAGUGCAAUCGACGAAGCCGACUUUCUUGCCAUAGACGGGGAAUUUUCAGGAAUAAGUGAUGGACCAUCGGUCAGUGCACUUACUAACGGUUUGGACACGCCAGAGGAGCGUUACGAAAAGCUAAAAAAGCAUUCCAUGGACUUUCUCCUCUUCCAGUUCGGUGUUUGCACUUUCAGAUAUGAUCAUUCGGAAUCAAAGUAUCUUACAAAGUCUUUUAAUUUUUAUAUAUUUCCAAAGCCAUUUAGUAGGAAUUCACCAGAUAAAAAGUUUAUUUGCCAGAGUUCCAGCAUAGACUUUCUGGCUAGUCAGGGAUUUGAUUUCAACAAAGUUUUUCGUAAUGGGAUCCCCUACUUGAAUCAGGAAGAGGAGGUUCAGCUGCGUGAACAGUACGAGGAGAGGAGAAAUCAGUCGAACGGGUCCGGCAACAACUCUUUCAUCUCGCCCACUUCCAAGGGACCGGCCAACGUUCCAGAUGAGCACAAGGACUUCAUCAACCGGGUUAUAGCGAAAGUAGAGGCCCUUAUGAACAACUCUGAGAAGACGGUUGACUUGGAUCCAUGUACUGGCUUCCAGAGAAAACUGAUCUACCAGACCCUGAAUUGGAAGUACCCCAAAGGCCUCCAUGUAGAAACAGUGGAAACUGAAAAGAAAGAGCGUUUUAUUCAGAUCAGCAAGGUGGACGACGAGGAGCGGAGACGGCGAGAGCAGCAAAAGCAGGAGAAGGAGCAGGAGGAAUUGAAUGAUGCUGUUGGCUUCUCCAGGGUCGUACACGCUAUCUCCAAAUCUGGAAAGUUGGUGGUUGGCCACAACAUGCUUCUGGAUGUCAUGCACACAAUCCAUCAAUUUUACUGUCCUCUACCUGAAGACCUUAAUGAUUUCAAAGAAGUGACUAUGUGUGUCUUCCCAAGGCUUUUGGACACAAAGCUUAUGGCAUCCACUCAGCCAUUCAAGGAGCUGAUCAUGAACACCUCGUUGGCAGAGCUGGAGAAACGGCUCAAGGAGAGUCCAUUCAAGCCUCCGAAAGUUGAAUGUUCUGAAGGGUUCCAAAGCUAUGACACGGCGACAGAGCAGCUACAUGAAGCCGGUUACGACGCCUAUAUCACAGGCCUCUGUUUCAUAUCCAUGGCUAACUACCUGGGCUCUUUCCUCCCUUCACCCAAAUCUCACAUUUCAGCCAAAUCCAAACUCAUCGAACCAUUUUUCAACAAGCUUUUCCUCAUGCGAAUCAUAGACAUCCCCUACCUCAACCUUAGUGGACCAGACUUGCAACCCAAGCGGGAUCACGUUCUCUACGUUACUUUCCCCAAAGAGUGGAAAACCAGCGACUUGUACCAGCUCUUCAGUGCCUUCGGAAAUAUUGUGGUGUCAUGGAUCGAUGACACGUCGGCAUUCGUCUCUUUGAGUCAGACAGACCAAGUGCAGAUUGCCAUGAACACUAGUGAGUUUGCGGAGAGUUACCGUAUUCAGACGUACGCGGAGUACAUACGGGCCAAGCAGCGUGACAAGCACCCAGGACGCCGGCGCAUGGACGACGGCUGGAGCGACACACCGUACUGUACCGCGGCUGCCAUGACAACUGCGGCCUACAGCUACACCCAUAACAGAUCUGCAACGGGGAAGCGCAGCAUCAGCCCCAUCCAGGAGGAGCUGAACUCUGAGGGGGCCGAGGCCAGCAGCGGCAGCAGUGGAGCCAGCGGCUGGACCCACUACAGCAACGUGGACAAGGGCUUCAAGAAGAUCAAGAUGGACGGGGGAGGAACUUUUGAUGGUGGGAGUGGACAAACUUAUGCUGAUGUUGUGGAGUCCAAGACUACAGACAGCUGGUUUAAACAGCCGGCUGUUCACAGACCCAGCAUGAGCCCAAUACAGGAAGAGGUGGGACCUGAGGUGGCCGACACAGAUGAGUGGCCGCAGCCGUCAGCCAAUCAGGGUAAGAAGAGUGGUAAACACAAGAAGAGGAAAUCUGAGGAAUCCACAUCAUCUGGUCUUUUCGAUGUUCCACACGUCUGGUAGCAGGAAGAGUUUCUUCUUGCAUCCUCACUUAAUUCAACAAGCAUAGAGAAAUAAAUAUACCUAAAUGUAACAAGCCAUAAAACCUCUUUUGGCACAGCAACUACAUGGGAGAGAAUUUUGUUGUUUGUCGCUGGAUUGUUAAUCACAAAUUCAUGUUUGUUCCUCGCACCUGUCCUGCCACCGUUUAUUCCAGUAGCCUCAUGCUCUCAAAGCGAAUGAGCUUGAAGAUAUGCGUCAAUUUUUUUUUUUUUUUUUUCCCCCCUCACAUAAUCUCAAUUUUUACCAUUCUCCAUUUCUAACAGUACAUACCUAUGUGAUCAGCAUUGUUUAAAAAGGUGCUUAAAGGUUGUGUUUUUGUUCAUCACUGGGUAACCUUUGAAAUGUUCAAAAGAACCCCAGAACCUUUGAAGUGACUGCUUUUGAGAAUAUGUGAUGGAAGCCUAUGAGGAUCUCUGCAGCACACUAAGUAUAUCCUUGUGUCCUUGCCCUCACAUGCUUGUGCGUCCUUCGUACCAAAGGAAAUUGGAUAUACUUUUGUGGUCUGGGUAGAGACCUCUAGUGGAAAGACAAGGGAGGUGCAACAUCAUCCAAUCCUGUCUUUCAAAUUUUUUAAAGAAAUUUUUGUUUCGUGAUUCAGGACUUAAGCCAGUGAGUUGCGUUGCAUUGUUUAUCAGAUGCGUGUUCAUUUGGUGUAUAACAAUCACAAUUUGUGUGAGACGUGCAAGACCAAGUUUAAAAAAAAAAAAGAAAGGCACUUCAAUUGUCACACAGCUUUUUGGUUUCAGUUUUAACUGUGGAUGUACUCUUUAUCUUGUCUUUUUGGGAGUGUGUGUGUGUGUGUGUGUGUGUGUGUGUGUGUGUGUGCGCGCGCGUGUGUGUGUGCGCGCGCGAAUGCAUGUUUCAACGGUGGAACUUAAUUGAU